AUGGCAGUUCUCUUGAGGCUGGGUGUCCUCUGUGGUGCUCAGGGAGGCCGAGCUCGUUCCAAGGCUGCAUCUGUUCACUGGACUAGUGAGAAGGUUGUCAGUGUUUUGCUCCUGGGCCUGCUUCCAGCUGCAUAUUUGAAUCCUUGCUCUGCAAUGGACUACUCUUUGGCUGCAGUCUUCACUAUUCAUAGUCACUGGGACCUUGGACAAGUUGUCACUGAUUAUGUUCAUGGGGAUGCAUCACAGAAAGCUGCCAAAGCAGGCCUUUUGGCACUCUCAGCUUUAACCUUUGCUGGGCCGAGGUUAUUUCAACUAUCAUAA